AUGGCCACCGAACAGUGGUUUGUGGGGCCGCUCCCCGCGGGCUCUGGGGAAACGCCGCCCCUGGACGACUUGGAAUCUGGGGCACAGCCCUGCGAAGACCCCUCGUGGUCGCCUCCUCCUGGCGGACCUGGGAACCCACCCGAGGCGGAGCCCGAGAACGGGGUUCAGGGACAGCUGCCCGAGGCCUCCACCUCUACGCCUUCCCCGGAGCGUCUGGCCCCAGGCCCCCGGCCCACCCCUCCUCGCCUGCCAUUGGACACCAUGUUCAGCCCCAUCACCGAGCAGCUCUGCUACCUGCUUAAGAAGGCAGAUGAUUUCCAGAGCUACUUGCUCUACAGCAGGGACCGAGUGCAGAAGGAACAGUUGGCAAAGGCCAUGCCCACCUUCUUGCGGAUGUGUGAGCCCUACUUCCUGUACCUGGAGGCAGCUGCUCGGAGCGUGCCCCCUGUCUAUGGAGCCCUGCAGGAGCUGAUCCGAAAGGGGCUACUGGAGAUCUCCCAACAACUCACUCUUCGCCUGGAACAGCUGGUCCUAAUGUAUGCCUCAUUUGGGUUCGUGAACUUGGAGGAGACUGACCCCCUAAGCAUCUCCUGUUUCUUCUGCGGGAGGUUCUCCAUCAGUCCUUCCCAUGAAGUGUCCAUCUUCAGAUACUGUGCCCCUGCCGCCUACACCGCCAGCCACUUCCCCCGAUACCUCUAUAAGAAGAUGCGCUGGAACCUGGAAACCACCCCAGAGCCCAGCAGCCGGGAGCAAGAUUCCCACGUGGAUUACUACUUCCUAUGCUAUAGAGAUACAUGGGAAGACACAGGCAAGAGUCCGGCCAAUUCCUGCCCCCAGAUUCAGAAGCUGUGGUCCAUCGGCCGAUGGGUGCCCCUAGGACCAGCCGAGGAUGACCUUUAUUCGUGGAUUUUGUGCCCGCAGCCGCCUGGGGACUACCAGCAGCUGCUGACCAUCGGCUUCGAGGAGCCGUCGCACAUGCUGGCCACCGACCUGCUGGUGCAGAUCCUCACGAGCCAGGCAGGCAUGGCUCGGCCCCCGAGCGCCGCCGGGCCCGCGGCGUGGGCCGCGCAGGAGUCUUGA